GGGGAAGCAAGCAAAUGUCUUUCUCAAAAAAAAAAAAAAAAAAAUAAAUAAAUGAUUUGCAAUGAGAUGAAAUCAGCAGUUUCCAAUUGGCUGACAAUUGGCUGAUAUGAGAACAAAAACGUUAGGCCUCCCAGAUGGGGAACAGCCAUCGACAAUGAAUCAGAUUAAUUCAAAAAGUUUACUUGAGUCGAGCUGUUCCAAUUGUAAUCGGACACAUAUUUGUUUUUAAGCAAUGAACGUAAGCCGGGGUACUGAAUCAAUAUGGUCUGAAUUUCGAGAAAUUAAAUACUCAACGCCGAAAAGUAUGGCGAAUACAGGAGUAAGGGAGAAACUAAUUGCUAUGUUGAUUUUCUGCCUAGGAAGCUUUCUGUUUGGAAUGCUUCCAGCUACGAUAUCUCGAACGAAUCGACAAAGAUUUCCACUAACAAUGUCGUUGAUGCUGUGCUUUGGAGGCGGAGUUCUAUUGGCAACUUCAUUGAUCCACAUUUUACCCGAUGUUCGCGAUGCAAUGGCUUCAAAUUGGGCUGAGAUUACCUUCUGUGGUGGAUUUCUGUUGAUUUAUUUUGUGGACGAAGUACUUCACUAUUUUCUUAUUGGAACUCCCCAGCCACAAUUGGUGGAUGCCAGAUCCAGCAUCACCAGCAGCAGUUAUGGAACUAUUAACAAUGAAUCAAAUGCUUUGCUGCCCAAUGCUCCCAAUCAAAAUAUUGAUAGCAUCAAUGCUUCGACGCACCAGAGCGAGAAUCAUACUAAAUUUCACUCAAUAUCAACCAUAGGCCUAAUUGUCGCCUUAUCAGUACACUCAACAAUCGAAGGAAUAGCAAUCGGCGUUCAGAACACACCUUCGGAAGUGCUGUUUCUUAUGGGAGCAGUUGCAUGCCACAAAUUCGUAAUGGCAUUUUGCUUGGGUCUUCAAAUGAUAUCUAACCUAUCGGGAAAUGUAAAAGGUCAUCUUAUUGGUAUAUCCGUAUUUGGUUUUGGUGCUGCAGUUGGUAUUGGUCUGGGCAUGCUUUUGGUAGACAUUCCAAGUUUGGUGUUGUCGGUCACUGCCCUGUCCAUUAUACAGGGUAUUGCAGGAGGCACGCUGCUUUACGUGACCGUAUGUGAGAUAAUUCCACGAGAGAAAGUUUCAGCACAUAAAAAUUCACGACGAAAAAUAGCUGGAAUCGCUCAAUUCCUAGCUCUUAUGUUGGGAUUUUCUCUAAUGGUUUUAAUCAAUUUCUAUUUCGAUGCAUAAUAUAUACUCGAAAAUGGUGCUAACCUGUAUUUAGAAAAAAAAGUAAGGUAGUGCAAAUUUAAUUUUUAAAUGCUUACAAUGUAAAUAAAC